GUAGCAUCGCUCUUCAAAUAAUGUCUCUGCUUCAACUCACGGAUCAGAUAUGUUCCCUCACCAACACCGCCAACUUCCUCCUCAACCGCACUUCCUCCUCUACCAUCCGCAAAACGCAGCUUCUUGGCGUCGUUUUCGAGGACCUGAUUUGCGUUUCCAAUUCCAACUCCGUUUUGUUCCCUUACUUUCUCAUCCUCUGCGCCUCGAGAAAAUGUACAUCGUUCUCCACAAGAUCAAAACGCUAAUUGAAGAUUGCUCCAAUGGAAGAAGCAAGUUCAAUCUGCUCGUGCAAAUCGAAACAGUCGCCGACACCUUCCACGGGCUCACCGGAGAACUUUCCACGCUCCUCGAUGUUUUCCCUCUCCAAGAACUCCACCUAAACGAUGACGUUCAGGAACUCGUUAUCCUCUUGCGGAAACAGUGCUCUGAAUCCAUACCGUUUGUCGGAGCCGAACAGAUUUCUUGUGUUGGUGUUGAUAACAUGUGCAUAAUUGGAGAUGUUGUGAAACGGCAACCGUUAUUAUGUAUUUUGGACGGAGAAAAGAGAAAACAAUUCAUCUCUGCCAAGGGAAUGGAUCCCUUCAACCAAGAAAUCAGUCAUUACAAAUGAGUAUCAAAAUCUGACCCUAUACAGUAUCUGAGUUUCCCUAUAUUUAUAUUUAUCCCUAGGUGCAAAACAAAUUCCCUUCAAUUACUAAUUGUCUAACUCCCUUCCUUUUCCUUCUAGUGUACACACACAUUAAAUAUAUGCAUGCCAUGAAUCCAUUUCUGUGUAGUGCUUAUAUAAUUAUAUUGAUCUGCUAUUGCAUCAUGUUUUGAUGUAAAUACUGCUACAAUUGAUUAAAAAUAGGUCCUAUUGUUCUUACUAGUCAAUUUGGUUAAUGUUGUGAUUGUUGUCCAAUCAAUCACAUACAUUAGUAUCAAAUUUAUUUUCAUCUAAAAACCUGAUGGAAAUAAUAGAUCCCAAGUUUCAACUUCAAGAUAAGAUUGAGGAAAUGAAGCAUGAUAAUUGAUUUCAUAUUCUUGACUUCUUUGAAAUUUUUUUAUAGCUUGAGCAAGGUUCUUUAAUGGGAAUCAACACCUACCACAUAGAACCACCUAAAUGUAUGUGAAGCUUUGGUGGGUUAAGUAGAGUUUUUUAAGCAAGUAACCAUCAAAUACAGUUCUUAGCUUUUGGAAAUCAAGUACAGUGUAGAUGGAAUCGAUAACAUUAAAUAUAAAUGCUAGACUUAUAGUUAGAUGUUGUCUUGAUUUUUUUUAUAAUGUUAAAAGUUAUUACUUUAAUGUAUCUUUAUGUAAUUAUAUUUGGACAAGAAGCAUACAAAACACAUAAAUAUUAUUAUAAUUAUAAGUAGAAUUUACUAAAAUAAGUGAUCCUACACUACAAAAAAGGUAUUGAUUAGUGACAAAAUAUCAAAAUAUUUUGUGAUUCGGUUUAAGUUCCCUUUAAUACGUUUUUAGUCCCUACAUUUUAACAUAAAGCCACAUCACUUUUGGUAAGUGUAGCAACUAAAAAUCUAUUAAUUUUUUUAUAAGAACUAAUAACAAAUUUUUGAGAUAUUUGGAAGAACCAAAAGCAUUUUAUCGCCUUAAUUUUUUUUUUUCUGGUAAUCAUAUACAGUUUGCUAGUGUGCAGUGCUAUGCAAUUCUAUUGCCAUAUUCAGCAUUCGAGCUUAAUUGAAUUUACUUUAGCUUGGUCAUCACUCUGCUUGUUUCAAUUAGCUUGGUCAUCACUAUGCUUGUUUCAAUUUGAAAUAGUUUCUGAAACCAAAACCCAAAAAGUGAACGCAAAAAACCCAUGUUAUAUGCUUCCUAGUUUUGCAAUCUCUUAUGACUGAACUUUUCUAUUCUCAAAAAAAUAAUAUUUAACUAUAAGUAAAUAAAAAAAUUAUGUUGUGUAGUUUGACAGAAAAUGUGAGAAAACUAAAAAAAUGGUUUGCGGCAUAUAUUUUGUAAAGGAUAGACGUUAGAAAAUUCAAUUACUUUGUGGCGGUUUAAAUCACUACAAAAUGCAUUUUAAUGUAUACAGUUUCUGAUGACUUUAAACCGCCACAAAGUUCAUCUAAGUUUUUCUUGAUUUAACAUUUUUGGCAGUUUUAAACCAUCACAAAAUUGCAUUUUUUUUAUCUGCCUCACAUUUUUUGAUAUACAAUUAUGAUGAAACGGCAAACCACAAAUACUCAGUAUCUUUCCCUUUAAUCUCUUUCAAUUGCAGAAUCUUAGCACAAUUGUUCAUUCUUUAUUCUUUAUGUUUGUGUGUAUGUUAAAAUUACCUUUCCAAGUUAGUUAUUUUGUGUUGGCAAAACUCAUUAUUGGUUUUAUUGCUCAGCAAAAUUGAUCACAAGUUAAGGAAGAACACAAAGUUCAGAACCUUUUGCCAUAGUGUGUACAAGGUGAUGAUCCAUGAGAGGAUCAGUAUAGUUACACUAGGACCCCUGUAGAAGAGGGCAUUGGGUUCUUAAAUCAUCAAAUACUUAACAA